AUGUCGGGUACGAAACGAAAACAUAGUGGUGACUCUCCAAGUGAAGUGUAUAACUUUAAAUCAUCCCGCUCUCGCCCAACUGUCGAAGCCCGCGUCGAUCCAACAUAUGGCCAGCGAAGUGCACUGCCUGGCCUGGAUGAUUCUUCGAGAAACAAUGGAGACAACAAUGAGCUAGACAACAGCGAGGACAUGGAUGCAUUAAGCUAUUUGCGAGCUGUCAGAGAGGAAGCUAUCGGCAUACCAAACCUACUGGUUGCACCUAAGGAAGAAACGAACGAUCGAGCGAUCUAUGAGAAUGGUGUGGGAGAUUAUCGCGGAUCGUACGGAGAUGGCGCAUACUAUGCUGCGGACUCGAACUCAGAAGUGAGCGAAGAACAGGCUGCGAACGAUAGGAAUAUAGCAUACUUCGACUCCAUCAUGACGAAAUUCGAAGCACUUCGCGACCGAUUACAGAACUCCACACCACCGUCUUCAGCUGUCGAGAAGCUUGACGCUGACCACCCGACACAUGUUGGGCCGUUAAAUACAGCUGUCGCAAGAUGGUGGAGGUGGAAAAUGCGACAAGUGGAUCCGCUUCCGGCACAGAUUGCGAGUAUGGACAAAAGCACAAUCUUGAGGCUGCUUGGUUUGUUGACGGGCGGGACCCUGUUGCAAAGAGGCAGUGAGGUGAACGUUGGUGUUAGUCGAUGGGCUUGGAGUCUUUUGGCAAGGCUGCCGGAGCGGGGAGAACUGACGAGUGAAGAAAUCGGAAUAGUGAGGGAGUUGGGGAAGAAAGCUGUAUUGGUGGGGAUGGGGUUGAAAGAAGAUGCAGACCUGGAUGAAGGGCUGAAUGCCGUAGAUCCUCAGGCUAACGAUGAUGUGGAUGAUGGUGAGGUUUUGGAUAGUGCGGAUGAUGCAGAAGUUGACUUGGAUGUUGGCAAGGAUUUGGAUACAUUGUGUGGUGAAGGAGCCACCAACCCGUCAAUUCCUGUCAUGCCGAAUGCAAUUGAUGGGGAUGCCUACAGCGCGGAUGAUUCAUCCGCACCUCAAUCCUUAAUAUCAUCGACUCAAACUGUCAACCUGGAGACUUCUCUCGACACUCCAAGCCUUAAAAAAACGUCUCAACCUGAGGAGGCUUCCGAUUUCAGCGAGGAAUUGGCUGCUGCAAAAGCACGAUUGUUGGGAAACUUAAAGACCGCGGAGGAAAGCUCGACUGAGAAAUCGGAAGGAGCCUCUGCUGGCAAAUCAAAAUGGAACACAAGAGCCACCGUCGAUAUGAUUAUUACGGUGGCUGGCGAAGCCUACGGACAGAGGGAUCUUCUCGAAUUCAGGGGAGCGUGGGACCAAAUUAUGUAG